AAAGCUCUGAGGAGGAGCCUGGCGCCGCCAUUUUCCUGCAGCUGCCUGUCCCUCUUUCCCGGCCCGGCUACAGCUGACCAGGGAAGGGGUGGGCUGAGCUGAGGCGGGGGCUCGGGAGUGCCCGACGCCGUGCCUGACCCCGCGGGUGACACGAGCGGGUUCUUUCUGGGCCGGGUAGCGGCGCGCGGCCCUGAGCCCCGCCCCAGGCCGGCCGGCGGAGAAGGAGCCGGUGGGGGUAGGGGGUGCGGUGGGGGGCGGGGGUCCUCCGGCGCUUGGGGGUCCUAGUCCCCGCUGGCUGCCGAGCGGGAGGGGUGGCGGAGGAGCCGCAGAGAUGUCCGGCCAGAGCUUGACGGACCGAAUCACCGCCGCCCAGCACAGUGUCACCGGCUCCGCCGUCUCCAAGACAGUAUGCAAGGCCACGACCCACGAGAUCAUGGGGCCCAAGAAAAAGCACCUAGACUAUUUAAUUCAGUGCACAAAUGAGAUGAAUGUGAACAUCCCACAGUUGGCAGACAGUUUAUUUGAAAGAACUACCAACAGUAGUUGGGUGGUGGUCUUCAAAUCUCUCAUUACUACUCAUCAUUUGAUGGUGUAUGGAAAUGAGCGUUUUAUCCAGUAUUUGGCUUCAAGAAACACGUUGUUUAACUUAAGCAAUUUUUUGGAUAAAAGUGGAUUGCAAGGGUAUGACAUGUCUACGUUUAUUAGGCGGUAUAGUAGAUACCUAAAUGAAAAAGCAGUUUCAUACAGACAAGUUGCAUUUGAUUUCACAAAAGUGAAAAGAGGAGCUGAUGGAGUUAUGAGAACGAUGAACACAGAAAAACUACUUAAAACUGUACCAAUUAUUCAAAAUCAAAUGGAUGCUCUCCUUGAUUUUAAUGUUAAUAGCAAUGAACUUACAAAUGGGGUAAUAAAUGCUGCCUUCAUGCUCCUGUUCAAAGAUGCUAUUAGACUGUUCGCAGCAUACAAUGAAGGAAUUAUUAACCUGUUGGAAAAAUAUUUUGAUAUGAAAAAGAACCAGUGCAAAGAAGGCCUUGACAUCUAUAAGAAGUUCCUGACUAGGAUGACAAGAAUCUCAGAGUUUCUCAAAGUUGCAGAGCAAGUUGGAAUUGACAGAGGUGACAUACCAGAUCUUUCGCAGGCCCCUAGCAGUCUCCUUGAUGCUUUGGAACAACAUUUGGCUUCCUUGGAAGGGAAGAAAAUAAAAGAUUCUACAGCUGCAAGCAGGGCAACAACACUCUCCAAUGCAGUUUCUUCCCUGGCAAGCACUGGCCUCUCUCUAACCAAAGUGGAUGAAAGGGAAAAGCAGGCAGCAUUAGAGGAAGAACAAGCUCGUUUAAAAGCUUUAAAGGAGCAGCGUCUAAAAGAACUUGCAAAGAAACCUCAUACCUCUUUAACAACUGCAGCCUCUCCUGUAUCCACCUCAGUAGGAGGUAUAAUGACUGCACCAGCCAUUGAUAUAUUUUCUACACCUAGUUCUUCUAACAGCACAUCAAAGCUACCAAAUGAUCUCCUUGAUUUGCAACAGCCAAGUUUUCACCCAUCUGUACAUCCUAUGUCAAGUGUCUCUCAGGUAGCAAGUACGUGGGGAGGAUUCACUCCUUCUCCAGUUGCACAGUCACAUCAGUCAGCUGGCCUUAAUGUUGACUUUGAAUCUGUGUUUGGAAAUAAAUCUACCAAUGUUAUUGUAGAAUCUGGGGGCUUUGAUGAACUAGGUGGACUUCUCAAACCAACAGUGGCCUCUCAGAACCAGAGUCUUCCUGUUGCCAAACUCCCGCCUAACAAGUUAGUAUCUGAUGACUUGGAUUCAUCUUUAGCCAACCUUGUGGGCAAUCUUGGCAUUGGAAAUGGAACCACUAAGAAUGAUGUAAAUUGGAGUCAACCAGGUGAAAAGAAACUGACUGGAGGAUCUAACUGGCAACCAAAGGUUGCACCAACGACUGCUUGGAGUGCUGCAACAAUGAAUGGCAUGCAUUUUCCACAAUACGCACCCCCUGUAAUGGCCUAUCCUGCAACUACACCAACAGGCAUGAUAGGAUAUGGAAUUCCUCCUCAAAUGGGAAGUGUGCCUGUAAUGACACAACCAACAUUAAUAUAUAGCCAGCCUGUCAUGAGACCACCAAACCCUUUUGGUCCUGUAUCAGGAGCACAGAUACAGUUUAUGUAACUAGAUGGAAGAGAAAAGGAAUUAUUCCAAAAAGACAAGUGCUCAAGCAGCAAGUACUUACUUCCAGCAAAAUCCAAACUGCUGUCUCUUAAACUCUCUUCUUCCAUUAGAAUGCUACAGUAACCCAGUGAAGGCCCAUGAAGGAAAUUGGGACUAGUCUAUAGGAGAACGUAUCAAUACCAUUUAUAAAGCCAAGAAUUGCCAUGAUUUGAGACUAAGAUCUGUCUUUUUUGGUGACUAACCCUUCAGUUCUUUCAACUCCUAUUAAUACCCAUAAUCAGUAACCUACCAAGAAAAGCCCUUAUUUGGAAAGCGUGAAAUUUGUAUUUGGAAAAGCUGCCUGGAGAGAAGAACUAUGUCCUUUACUGUAAUGCAACAGGACUCUUUUGGGGGGAUCAAAAUCAUAAUUCUUAAUUAUAAGGUAUCUUUCCUUUCUCCAGUCCUCACAGAUACAGAAAUAGUAACUAAAAUUAACUUUUCUUUUUUAAAAAAAUUAUAUAUUCAGUUUGCAGUAGACAUUCCUUAAGUGUUCGUAUUUAUUUAUAAUUAUCAUUUUUCAUAACAUUAAUAUUGUAUCAAACCUCCUUAUGAAAAUGAGUAUGGAUGUACACUGUAUGUUUGAUUUUUUUUUUUUAUCCACAAGAAUGAAUCUGAUUCAGAAUGCUUUUCAGCUGACAUACAGAGCACUAAAUAUUUUAAGGCAAGUCCGUAGAUCUGAAUCGCUUAAGAAUUCUCAGUCUCUAUGGGAACUAGGAAAGCAUUAUAAAUGCAUUAAUCCUUAUAGUCAAUUCUGUGCCUAGGAUUUUGCAAGGGAACAGUUCACUGACUAGGAAAAGCACUACAUUUUUAAAUUCAGCAUUAGUGCAUUGGGAAGGAACUUUAUUGCUUUGUGCUUGGCAUGUCAUUAUUUUCCAUUUGACAUUAGGUCCUUUCCAAAAUGAAUGUGAGGAAUUGCUUUCACUUCAAGACUUUCCUUCUUUUCAGUAAAACUCUAGGCGGUGUUAUGGGGGGAGGGAAAGGGACAAAAUCUUUGAACCUUUUAUUUGGCUCAUGCCAUGUUAUGAUCAUGUACCUUUUAAAUAAGGGGAAAUAGUAUCUUUAAAGUUAAUAUCUAGCCAAGAGUUUAGUUAAUGAAGAAUUAAACUGCACUGUUGAUCGGUGCUUUAUGUAAAUACAUCUUAAAUUUUUGGGUUGAGAGGGGCCUUGAGAAGGACAGUUCAUUGUAGGAAAGCAAUUCUAUACAUGAGUUUAAGCAUACUUGUUGCAUUGUCUCUGCAGAUUCUAUUUUUGUUUACAAUAUUAAAAAUGUAUGUUAGCAAAAAUGGGUGGAUUUUCAAAUAAAAUGCAGCUUCCACAAAA